ACACAGAGAUAAAUUUUAAUAAAUUUUACGUUUCUGUUCAUUUCGGAGCAUCGUACAGUAAUACAGUAUUACACUGACAGACGUAAUUCAUGGUGUAUUACUUUAAGAUGUAGCUUUUUGCAUAAUUUAAGUGUACAAUUGUAAUAUAUAAUAUUCGUUGCGCAAUUAGUAUUUUAAUUACUGUCAUUAUUAAUUUCAUUUGAAUUAUUUAGAUUAGUUUAAAGUAAAACACAGACUAUAGAUAGUAUAUCUCUUAAUAAGUAUAAAGUAUAUACACAUAUAUGUUACUAUAAUCGCCUAAACGAAUAAGUGGUUGUUAUAAAUUAGUGAAAUUUAUUUAUUCCAUGACUCCGUCAUCUAAUAAUACAUGCUCGUGAAUUUUUCUCGCAUUCAGUUGACCAUCGACUCAAUCGCAAUAAUCAUCCACUUAUUUCCCGUUAGCGGAAAAUGACAGUAUUAGAGGCAGAAGAAGAUUCGGAUGAACGAUCCGUUCCCCCUAGGAAAAAAUUUUGCUUGUCACUUUCACGACGCGAUCAUACCAUUAACAAGACAAUUACACAGCCCCCUCAUUCUUCUACACGAGGGGGCUUCUACGAAGAUCAAGAUCUUCCUUACAGUACAGACAAAAUGUUGAAUGGAUAUCGAAGUCAAUUGGGGAAUCAUCAAGAUUUAUCAUAUGACAUCAUUGGAGGAGGUUCUGAUGGAUUGAGAAUAGCAACACUUUGUAAUCUUGGGAAUACAUGCUUUUUGAAUAGUGUUAUUUAUACACUACGCUUUGCACCCUCAUUUUUGCACAACUUGCAUCAUCUAGCUACAGAUCUCUCCAAUCUCAAUGACAAACAAUUACAAACAAAGGUGAAAUCAUCAUCUCUCGGGCGUACUGGUGUAUCAUUAACAUCAAGUGGUAAUAGAAGUUGGAGCAGCAAAGAUUUAUCAGCAUUAUCAGGUAUCAGCGAGCUGAAUAAACCACGAAUCCAAGUAGCUACUGAAAAGCUUCACGAAUUGUUCGUGGCAUUAAGGUUAAGUGAAACUAGAGAUAACUGUGAACCUUAUCAACCUGAUGCUUUUCUUCAAGCUUUGAGGGAUGUUAAUCCAAUAUUUGAAGGUAAUCAGCAACAAGACGCUCACGAACUGUUAGUUUGUUUGCUUGACAAUAUCCGUGAGACAUUUCAAUUGUUAGUAAGGCAUAGAGAGAGUCAGUUUGGCCAAAGUAAUGGUGGAAUGAUUGACUUUGCAACAGAUCGUUUUGUUGAUAUGCCGUUUGAAGGAACUGGUUCUGGAAAACGCAGUAUGCGUAAGAAAAAAACUAAUAAACAUAAAACAACUCGUGGCAGUGCCACUUCUUUGACACAAACAAGUGUAAAUGGAUCGGCUAUUCCUACAAGACUCGAAAAUGGUCAUGCUGAUUUUAUGGGGAACAAUGGUGACCUGUUGUCUCAUAGGCCUGAAAGCAAAAAGUGUUUUAUUUCAGAAGAUUUUGAAGGUGUUAGUCUCUUGCGAACUACUUGUCUCGAAUGUGAGCAUGUUACUGAACGAAAAGAAACGUUUUGUGACAUUUGUGUGCCCAUUGAAACUGGUAGAUCCAAUGAGAAAGAUGAAAAUGGGAAAUCGAUAGACGGCAGCGAAGUAUACAGGCAUUCUGUUGUCACAAGUGAGCUCCUGUGUGGUAGAGACAAAUACUGGUGCGCCAGCUGCUUGAGAUAUAACGAAGCACGACGUGCGGUCAGUUUUCCAUCUCUCCCAAGGCUUUUAGUUCUUCAACUCAAGAGAUUUUCCACAGCGGCUGGUUCAAUGGAAAAAAUCAACAAUUAUAUGCCAACCCCUCUGACUCUGGAAUGUUUCUGUGAAGAAUGUAACAGCGAUUCAACCCAGGAAAGUUCAUCUAGCCGCAGUCAGUCAUCUGAAUCUCGGCACGUGUACAAACUCUACUCGGUGAUAAUGCAUCAAGGAGCAACAUCAACAGCUGGGCACUACAUUGCCUACACAAAAGUACCGGAGGAGUCGAUGUUUACAGAAUACUUUCGGUGUGAUCGAGAUGCUCGUCGUCAGAAUGUCACACAGAGCAGCAGCAGCAGUAACUCAACCACUUCGGCAUCAUCGAGUAUCCUCAAGUGUUUCCGUAGUAAAUCAAACAUGAAUGAGAACAAGGAACACUUGAUUAAAAUGGGUUGUAGGAGUAUGGAGUGCUGUGGGAUACGUCGUGUCAAAAAUAAUGCUAACACAUGGCUCGAGUGCGAUGAUGAGUUAGUUAGAGCCAUACGUGAACGCGAAUUACUCGAUAAACUAGCUCCCAAUCCUCGUAAUUCUGCGACACCGUAUCUAUUGUUUUACGUAAGGUCUACAACGUAAAAGCAUUCCUUCCUGACAUUGCCUACCUGCCACUAUCUUUUCCUAAUCAAAUGUAUCAAAUGUCUUCAUUUUAAAUUAAAUACUUUUAAACGCCCA